GCACUUUAAAGAGUCUCCCCCCUUCCACCUCAGGGCGAGUAAUAGCGACCAAUCAUCAAGCCAUUUACCAGGCUUCGGAGGAAGCUGUUUAUGUGAUCCCCGCACUAAUUAGGCUCAUGAACUAACAAAUCGUUUGCACAACUUGUGAAGAAGCGAACACUUCCAUGGAUUGUCCUUGGACUUAGGGCGCCCUGCCCGCCUUUUGCAGAGGAGAGAAAACUUUUUUUUUUGCCUCCCCCGAGAAACUUCCCCCCCUCCCGCCUCUAACUUCGAUCCCCCCCACGCCAUCUCGCAAAAAAAAAAAAAAAAAAAAAAGAAAAAAAAUUACCCCAAUCCACGCCUGCAAAUUCUUCUGGAAGGAUUUUUCCCCCUCUCUCCAGGUUGGGCGCGUUUGGUGCAAGAUUCUCGGGAUCCUCGGCGUUGCCUCUCCCUCCCCCUCCCCCCUUCUUUCCUUCUUCCUUUCCUUUCCUUUCCUUUCUUUCUCCCUUUCCUCCCCCACCCCCAUCCCCACCCCCAUCCCCACCCCCACCCCCACCAAACAAGUCCCCAAUUCUCGUCCGUUCUCGCCGCGGGCAGCGGGCAGCGGGCGGCGGAGGCAGCGCGCCGCGGUCGCCGGGAGCUGGGAGCCCCGGGCGCCCGCUCCUCGGCGCAGCAUGUUCCAGCCGGCGCCCAAGCGCUGCUUCACCAUCGAGUCGCUGGUGGCCAAGGACAGUCCCCUGCCCGCCUCGCGCUCUGAGGACCCCAUCCGUCCCGCGGCGCUCAGCUACGCCAACUCCAGCCCCAUAAACCCGUUCCUCAACGGCUUCCACUCGGCCGCCGCCGCCGCCGCCGCCGGCAGGGGCGUCUACUCCAACCCGGACUUGGUGUUCGCCGAGGCGGUCUCGCACCCGCCCAACCCGGCCGUGCCCGUGCACCCGGUGCCGCCGCCGCACGCCCUGGCCGCCCACCCCCUGCCCUCCUCGCACUCGCCACACCCCCUCUUCGCCUCGCAGCAGCGGGACCCGUCCACCUUCUACCCCUGGCUCAUCCAUCGCUACCGAUAUCUGGGCCACCGCUUCCAAGGGAACGACACAAGUCCGGAGAGCUUCCUUUUGCACAACGCGCUGGCCCGAAAGCCGAAGCGGAUCCGAACCGCCUUUUCCCCGUCCCAGCUUCUGAGGCUGGAACACGCCUUCGAGAAGAACCACUACGUGGUGGGCGCAGAGAGGAAACAGCUGGCGCACAGCCUCAGCCUCACGGAAACUCAGGUAAAAGUAUGGUUUCAGAACCGAAGGACGAAGUUCAAAAGGCAGAAGCUGGAGGAGGAAGGCUCAGAUUCUCAACAAAAGAAAAAAGGGACGCACCAUAUUAACCGGUGGAGAAUCGCCACAAAGCAGGCGAGUCCCGAGGAAAUAGAUGUGACCUCAGACGAUUAAAAACACAAACAGAACCCCACAGAAACGGACAACACGGAGCAAAACAGAGACAGGGAGAGGAGGGGAAAGAAGAAAAAACCCUACAAAACUAAAACAAACCACACACACAUUCACGGAGAAGGGGAGAGGGAGUCAGAGAGAGGAGCGGCGCGACGCAGACGCUGGGCCGCAAGAGCGCAGGGCCCUGAUCCGAGGCCGCGCCGAGAUGGCAGCGGACGGAGGCUCCUUGAUGAACACGCAACCCUUGUCUAAACAGGCAGCUUGAGAGAGACAGAGACAGAGAGAGAUCCAAAGGUGGCAAAGCCGAAGGCGCUCUGACAAGGGGAGCUGUCAGUCAAACGCCAAACCAGCGAGACAAGAUGAUUGGCAGGUAUUCCGGUUAUCUCGCAGUCCGAUUUUUAAAAAAAUGAUGAUGAUAAUGAUAAAAGAAAAAACCCAACCAGGCACAGGACUUUUUAUUUUGCACUUCGAAGUGUUUUUUCCCCCAAUCUUUAAAAAUAAUCAGUGAUAGUAGCAGUCGGGAUUCCACAUCCAGCCCCAUCCCACACCUGUUCAAAAACUUGAAUUGCAUGUAUCAGUUGUUGGGCGAAUGGUGUCUUAAGACAGGAAGUGAAUUGUAAUUUUCUUUUCCUUUUAAAGACAGGUUCUGCGUGCUUUUUAUUUUGAUUUUUUUGCAAGAAAUGUGCAGUCUGUAAACACUUUUUGAUACCUUCUGACGUCAAAGUGAUUGUGAAAGCUAAAUGAAGUAGGCUCAGCGAUAGUGGUCCUCUUUCAGAGAAACGGGGAGCAGGAUGGGGGGCUGGGGGUGGAGGGGGAGGGUGCCCACAAGAGGAGUCAGGACUUGUACUGGGAAAAAAACUAAAUUAAUUAUAUUUCUUGGACAUUCCCUUUCCUAACAUCCCAAGGCUUAAAACCACGAACUAAAACUCCUUUUAGUGGUUGAAGGUAUUGGCUGAGUUCAACCAUUUGCCGUAAAUAAAGGCCAUUCCAAACUUUCAAUCUAUCUAUUGCAAAAACUGAAGGACUGUAGUUAGCGGGAAUGA